UCUCGUAAGUCGUCAUAUCGUGAGAGUGGGCAGAGCAGGAAGAAGAGUGGAGGAGUGAUGAAGUCACUGAAGCGAUGUGUUCGCUCCUCAAACCCCAAUGAAUGACACUGGAAGAACACUGAGAAGUGCUAUAUAUAUAGUGUGCUGUGUGUGCGAGGCAGUGAUUCUGCUGAAGAUGGUUGAUGUUCCAGGGUCUCCACUCCUAUCUCUGCUGCUGCUACUGUGUGUGUCGCCUCUGCCUGCCGCCACAUACACCCUGACCCCUAGCAGACAGGCCCAGCACAAAGUCCUGCACCUGGACUGGCCUAAGGACUGUGGCACGGCCCACUAUAAACCUAACAUGGUUGAACGGAUCGUCUCUGGAAACGAGGCCAGACCUCACUCCUGGCCAUGGCAGGUCUCCCUACAGGUUCGUCCCCGAGGCAGUAAGCACUACAUCCAUGUCUGUGGAGGAACUCUCAUCCACAAGAACUGGGUCCUCACUGCUGCUCACUGCUUCCAGAAGGGUAAAGCCGAGGAUGCUGGGAGUUGGAGGAUUGUCCUGGGGAAGCACCAGCUGAAACGUUCCGAAACACCCGAGAAGACUAUCCCGGUGAAGAGGAUAUAUCGUCACGAGCACUUCCGUUACCCCACGCACAGCGAGUUGGAUUACGAUAUCGCCCUGGUCAAGGCUGCCACCGACAUCGUGCCCACCAACCACAUACGCUAUGCAUGCCUGCCGCGCAAACAGAUCCGCCUGAAGCCAGGACAAUACUGCUGGGUGACCGGCUGGGGAGACACUCGGGGUGGGAAGGAGAACGUGUCUCUGGCUGAGGCUCUGAACCAGGCCCGUUUGCCCAUCAUCGACAUCAAGACCUGCCGUCAGAAGAAGUUCUGGGGAGACCGCGUCAGGGACUCCAUGAUCUGUGCCGGCUUCAGAGACACAGAAGGACCACCUGCUGCCUGCCAGGGUGACUCGGGCGGUCCUCUGCUGUGCCAGUUGGGGCGUGACAGGUGGGAGGUGCACGGUGUGGUGAGCUUUGGCCCCAUUGGCUGCACCGUGGAGAACAAGCCCAGCGUGUUCACCCGCACCGCCAAUUACAUCCCUUGGAUCGAGGCUACGCGCAUCAGAGACAUCUUCAUGCACUAGACUAGACCACACACAACCUGACAACCCCUCCACACCCCAAAACUAUAGCAUUUAUUUUUUGUGCAAGAUACCAUAUUGCCUCAGGCCACACACCCCUCUCCUGUGUCCAUAACCUGUGAGUCACUACAGUGACAUGAGACAACAUUUGAAUGAAGACAUUUUACAAUCAACAUUGUACUGAUCAUCAGCAUUUCAUUAAAUCAAGCCACCUGUCACGA